GACUGACCCGGAUCGCCUCUAUUGGGAGCAGUUCUGCCCCCCCCGGAAGCCCCGUGGCCCCCCCUGGCGCGUGCUGGGGCUCUGCCUGGUGCUGGCAACGCUGGGGGGGGUGGCCCAUGCGCUGGCCUACAGGUACAUAACAGGGGCUCACACGGCCUUCCUGAACGAGAGGGACAGGGUCCUCACUGCAGUCUAUGAGCGAGCGCGGAGCCGGGCCGGGUCACACGAGGAGGUGCUGCGGCGGCUGCGGGCCUCGCGCCAGAGGGGGCGGGGCGAGGCCUAAGCCCCGCCCCCCACCCCGACAAACCCCGCCCCUUUCCCCCUCCUCCUCCCCCCCUCUUCCGCCGGCCGCCAUUGAGGGGGGUCUCGAUCAGCGCCUUCUGCCAGGACUUCAACGAGCGCACCCGGGACAUCAAACCCGGGGUCCCGUUGCGGGUGAAGCUGCGAGUGCACGGCACGAGGAGGUGGGGGUGGUGUCACUGAAGCACCUCUAUGAGGUGGCGCUGGUGAAGCAGCAGGAUCCGGCCGUGGCGCUGAGGGGGAUGUCCCUGCCCCAGCUGGUGACGGCGCUGGUGGGAUCUGCCCGCAGCCUGGGCCUGCGCGUGGUGCCGAGGCUGACGGCCGAGGAAUGUGCUGAGUUCCAGCGCCAGCGUCGGGAGCAGGAGGCAGCCAUGGCCCAGGAGGAAGAGGAGGGAGCGAAGAAGUGACCCCCCCGACCCCCC